ACAUUUAUAUUAUCCCCAUUCAUAGACACCGACAACGAGAGAACCUAACACUGCUUUUUCAAGUUUGCGCAGACAUAUGCUGUGCCGUCGUCUUGUGCUGCCACCCUUUGCCCGACUCUCAUUGCAACGUCUCUGUGGAACACUGCAACAGAACAGAUUUGAGGGACUGAACGGGCUGUACCAUCUCUAAAUUCCUCCUCUUUUGCAGAGACUACAUUCAAAUACUCAGAAUGGAUCUACAAAGACUUCGCCGCACCGCCGCCACCGGUACCAGCAGCCUCAUCGAAUUGCCCGAAUACAUCAUCACGACCUUCUUCCCAGCAGCACGACCUCUCAUCGACAAACAUCCAGCACUAUUCCGCUUCUUCGGCGUCGUACUCGCACUAUUCUACUUGAACCCAGUAGCACGGCUGCAAUCACUAUGGAGUCGCUUUUCCUCACUGAUCGUGGCAACCGUCAACGUCUCUUCGGAUGAAGACCUCUUCAGUUACCUCACGACACACAUCGCUGAAGUCAAGACCCUUAGAGCGGAUCAACUACUCAACGCCACACUCAACACACCUCAUGAUUUUCAACCUCGACGUCGCGGUCGGCACGACCCGGAAGUCGAAGAAUCCGCUCGUCGUCUGAAUGAAAACCCCAAAAUCAAGUACGAGCAAGGACAGGGGGUGCAGCUUUUCAUCUACCAGAAGCGCCUGUUCUUCAUCUCCAGGAAAUUUGGUGAGGGCCAUACGUACGCUGGGAACCGGUACAAGCGAAUCGAAACCCUGAGUCUGUCGUGCCUCGGCCGCUCGACCAUCCCCAUAAAAGAAUUCGUUGAGCACGUUUACCGCAUGAACAAAGAGAAAGAGCGCUCGCUGACAAUCAUUCGUCGGCCGUAUGAUGGCGGAUACGGAGGGAAAUCAACCUGGUCACGUCUCACGUCGAAACCCCGCCGCGGUUUGGACACGGUGAUUCUCGACGCCGGCAAGAAAGAGCAGGUGCUUGCCGACGUGGAAGAGUACAUGGACGAAACGACUAUGAACUUCUACGCCAGCCAUGGCAUACCAUACAGAAGAGGGUACCUGUUCCAUGGUCCUCCAGGAGUCGGCAAGACCUCCUUCGCAUUGGCUCUGGCAUCAAAGUUCAACCUGGAUGUGUACAACCUGACACUGCUCGACCAUAAUCUCACGGACUCAGACCUCAUCUCACUUCUGAAUCAGCUACCGGGCCGAUCCUUGUUGCUUCUUGAGGACAUAGACACGGCAGGCUUGAACCGCAAAGGCAAGUCAACCACGUCUCGGCGCAGGAAUCGACGUAUGCGAGGUCCUGGAGGCCCAAUGGGCGCCGUGGCAAGCACCAAGAAGGACGACGCGGAUGCUGUUGAACUAAGUGAUGAUGAAGCUGAUUCGGCGACGACCAGCCGCGUUACUCUCAGCGGCCUGCUUAACGCAAUCGACGGCGUGGCUGCGCCCGAGGGACAUGUUUUGAUCAUGACGACCAACAAGCCAGACGAGCUGGACGACGCCUUGGUCCGGGCUGGGAGAAUCAGCGUCCGUGUUGGCUUCAAGAACGCAUCCAAAAAGCAGGCCGAGGAGAUCUUCUUGAGGAUGUAUGUAGAUUUGCCGAGUACGACUACGACAGCAGGCGUACAGGACGAGAUGGAGAAAAAGAGCCAAGCAGAAAGCUCGACCGAGGAGCGUCUUCGCGAUCUGGCAAAGCAAUUUGGGUCCUUGAUUCCGGACUUCGAUUUCUCGCCCGCGGACUUGCAGGAUUAUUUGCUCAUUCACAAGAAGAAUGCUGAGAAGGCCAUAGAUGAACUGCCAAAGUGGAUGGAAGAGGCGCAUGAAGAGAGACAGCGAAAGGAAGAGGAGAAAGAGGUCGAACGGGAGUUGAAGAAAGAAGCCAAGCUCGAGGAGAGGAGAAAACUGAGGGAGGAGAUCAAGGCCGCAGUAAAAGAGACGGAGGACGAUGGCCAAGCAGAUAAGGGAAAAGCCGGCAACACAAAGAGCGAGCAUGCCACGAAAAAGGACGCACCUUGAACGAAAGCCACCGUCCUGAGCGUCUGUCAUUGUGGACAUCCCAAGAUGGUGUCAGCCAAGCGCCCUGUCUUCCCGAUGCGGGCUGCAAUGCGAGGUGAGACCAAUGUUGCCGAUCCAGAUGAAAACGGACAUAGUCGG